UUCAUGGUCGGUUUACGCAAGGUGGUUUCGAUGUCUAUCGCCCUGCUCAGACUUCCUGUGUUGAAGACUACGCCAAAUUGUCUACCGCCGACCUACCACCCUACACGAAGUCAGGGAACCCUCCCCUGUGUCCUAGCCCGCUCUCAACUACUGCUGAAGCAGCGCAUUAUGCAACAGCAGUUUGCUAACGCCAUCACACCUACUCCGAUUGUUAUUACGAAUAUCUAUGAAUAUCGAAGGACAAUGUACUACUCCUUCUGAGUAUGACUGAAUAGGUGCUGGCAACACACCCUAGCUCUCAUCGUAAUACUACCUUACUCAACUUACCA